AUGAAGCUGCACUGCGAAGUCGAGGUGGUUAGUCGGCAUUUGCCCGCCUUGGGGCUCAAGGGCCGGGGUAAGGGCACCCGAGCGGUGCUGACUUUGUGUCCGCCGUUGCACCGGAGUCCACCGCUGUCCAGGGUCGGUGCUGAGCGGGGCGACCCGCACUCCGCCUACCUGUGCGUCGCCACCUUGAAGGACAAGCGCGGCACCCGCUAUAAGCUAAAGGAGAACAUUGAGCAAUUCUUCACUAAAUUUGUGGAUGAAGGAAAAGCCACUGUCCGGUUACAGGAGCCUUCUGUGGAUAUCUGUCUAAGUAAGGCCAAUUCCAGCAGUUUAAAAGGUUUCCUUUCAGCUUUGAGACUGGCUCAUAAAGGUUGUGCUGUUGAUGCACUACUUUCAACUCAAACAUCAGUGAAGACUUCAGAAUUUGAAAAAUUUAAAACUAAAAUGGUUAUCACAUCCAAAAAGGACUAUCCUCUAGGCAAGAAUUUUCCAUAUACUUUGGAACAUCUUCAGGCUUCUUAUUGUGGCCUUGUCCAAUUUGAUACGCGUAUUCUGUAUCUAAAGAACCUUAGAAAAUUAGACUUGAGUCAUAAUCAUAUAAAAAAACUUCCAGACAGAAUUGGAGACCUCAUUUAUCUUCAAGAACUUAACCUAAGUGACAAUCACUUGGACUCAUUCAGUGUUGCCUUAUGUGAAUCGACCCUCCGGAAGUCACUUAAGAGUUUGGAUCUCAGCAAAAACAAAAUCAAGGCACUCCCUCUGCAGUUUUGCCAACUCCGAGAACUAACAGAUUUAAAACUUGAUGAUAAUAAAUUAAUAAGACUUCCAUUUAAAAUAGGACAGCUGAAAAAUCUUCGUUUUUUGUCAGCAGCUCGAAAUAACCUUCCUUUUUUGCCUAGUGAAUUUAAAAAUUUAUCUCUUGAUUACCUCGAUCUUUUCGGAAAUACUUUUGAGCAUCCAGAUGUCCUUCCAGUUAUAAAGCUGCAGGUGCCAUUAACUUUAUUGGAAUCUUCUGCUCGGACCAUGUUAUCUAAUAGGAUACCAUAUGACCCUCAUGUCAUACCUUUCCAUCUUUGCCAUGAUUUGGAUGCUGCAAAAACUUGUGAUUGUGGAAGAUUAUGUUUAAACUCUUUUAUUCAAGGAAUUACCACCAUGAAUCUCCAUUCCAUUGCUCACACUGUGGUCUUAUUGGAUAAUGUGGAUGGUACUCAAGCACCUGUUAGCUCUUACUUCUGUUCUCUUACCUGUUACGUAAAUUCUUCUGAUAUGUUGAAAUGA